AUGGCCUCGACAGGCGCCCCAGAAACCCCGCAAGUUCCUGCAAGCCCGCAACGGAGAGGGGGAAGAGGGCGUGGGCGCGGCAGAGGUGCACACGGUGGAGAAGAUGGCCAUGAGAACUUUGGAGGGCGAGGCCGUGGACGGGGCGGCUUCCAGAGCCGCGGGCGAGGUCGCGGCAACAGAGACGGCGCGGGCACUCGCGGUGGACAUGCGCCAGAGAAGGGCAAGGCGCCUGCCAUAGACACAGAAGAAAGCGGACACGCUCCACCGACUCUCGUCAAGCCCAACCUCCAGCAAUCGGACAACGAAGACGACGAUGCCGAAGUCUGCUUCAUUUGCGCCUCGCCCGUUCAGCACACAGCCGUCGCUCCUUGCAACCACCGCACAUGUCACAUCUGCUCCAUCCGAAUGCGGGCCUUGUAUAAGACAAAGGCUUGUGCACAUUGUCGAACCGAGUCGGACCACGUUAUCCUCACAGAUGACGCCGAGAAGAACUACGAGGACUUCUCCACCGCUGAGUUUUUCAAAUCCGACGAUACCCUGGGCAUACACUUUGAGAACUCUGGCGUGUUUGAAGAUGCGCGAUUGCUGUUACAGUACAACUGCCCCGACGGCGAGUGCGAUGUAGCCUGUCUAGGUUGGCCGGACCUGCAUCGUCAUGUCAAGACGGCGCAUGGAAAGGUCAUGUGUGACCUCUGUACGCGGAAUAAAAAGGUCUUUACCCACGAGCACGUCCUAUUCACGAUGGCCGAGCUACGACGGCACCAGAAGUUUGGCGACGAUAACCCUGGAGCGAUAGAUCAAAGCGGAUUCAAAGGGCACCCGGAGUGCGGUUUCUGCAACCAGCGUUUCUACGGCGACGACGAACUAUACACCCAUUGCAGAGACAAGCACGAGCGCUGCCACAUUUGCGACCGCCGGGAAGGAGGAAGCAGGAAACAGCAAUACUACGUAAACUACGACUCGCUCGAGGUGCACUUUCGAAAAGAUCAUUUCCUCUGCCCAGACCGAGAGUGUCUAGAGAAAAAGUUCGUCGUAUUCGAUUCUGAGAUGGACCUCAAGGCGCACCAGUUGGAGGUGCAUCCCAACGGUCUUUCCAAGGACGCUUUACGGGAUGCCCGGAGAGUCGACAUGUCUGGCUUCCAAAUUAGGGCGCCUCACGAGCAAGGUCAGGGUAACAACAGGCGAGACGAGCGCAGACGCGAGGGCGGCAGAGGCCGUGGGCGCGGACGGGAUCCGAACGCUGAGCCAGUGCCUGCGUCAUCUGCGCAGCCCUUGAGCAGAGCAGAGCUUGCUUACCAGCGGCAGAGGGAGACUCAGAACACUCACUCGGUGACUGGAAGAACUUUUGGGGGCCAGCUCUCUGCACCAACUCCAGGCGAGGCGUUCGCUGCUAGACCUCCUCCAAGUGCCUCAGAGCCUCCUACCGUUACUGCGUCGCGCCCAACCCCAGCGGCUGCCAACAAUAUCACAAAUGGCGUCGCUCAACUAAGCAUGGACACACAACCACCCAACCCAGUUCCACAGACACCCCAGGACCAGGCUAGACUGUUGCGUCACAACGCAGUUACGGAACGGGCCACAAACAUGCUUCGGGGUAGCGAGAUCAAGCUGCAAGAGUUCAGAGCCGCAGUAUCGGCCUAUCGCAACUCCAAGGUAUCCGCGGCACAGCUCAUCGACGGGUUCUUUGCGCUAUUCGACGCCAACUCGAAAGAGAUGGGGAAGCUGAUCAAAGAAUUGGCGGACAUCUUUGAGAUGCCAGGAAAGCGGGAAGCUCUAUUGAAGGCUUGGAAUGAUUGGAAGGCUAUCAACGAGGACUAUCCAUCAUUACCUGGCUCUGCGACAGGCUUGAACGGCGGAUCGACUGCGCGAGGAGGUUCGCGGGUACUGAAGCUGAAGAGCUCAACAGCGCAAUCGUCUCGAUCCACAGCCAACCAGCAAGCCAGUUGGUCGAACGCAUCGUCGAGCAACCCAUUCCCAGCCUUGCCAGCACCUUCGGGUCGUGUCGGUGCGAAGCCCGGACAAACGCCUUGGGCCUCAUCUGCCGCAACGAGCGCGCGCCCCUCGCCCAUGCCAUCACGAGUCGCAUCAUCAACGAACGUGAACAAGAAGCCUGCUGCCGCAGACGCCUUCCCAGCUCUCCCCGCAGCAGCGAAACCCACCAGCACAAUCUUCAGUCCCGGCUACACUGGCCACGGUCUACGACGCGACAACAGCGGACGCAACACUCCAGUUAGUAACCCUUGGGCUGGCCCAUCCGGCACGAACAGCGGUACAUCAACACCGGCUUUGGAGGAUGCAGGAGCGGCAGGGAAGAAGAAGGGCAACAAGGGCAAGAAACAGACACUCUUCCAGUGGGGUUAG